AUGCUGCAAAACGUAGGAUCUUUGUUUACAGGCUUUUUGCUAAUCAUAAACGCUGCAUCAACCGACCCCAGCUCCAACGAGAAAAGCAAAUGCCAAAACGUUUCAGUACCUGCAGGUUUCAAAAACAUCCCGUCGUCAGACCAGGACGUCUGGAGUUUUGUCGCUGCGCCGGGAAACUUCAUGUACGCGCUGUACAGAAAUUUCAACAGUGACCGUGAAAACAAAGGAACAAACAAGUGUGUCAUGGUACAGAAAGUGCCCUAUAAUGAUACAGGGGAGACAAAAUUUGCUAACUACACAAAGUGGUACAACGGAACAACAUGUUUAUCGUACGCAAUCCGGUCGUUCUACCACCUCGUACAGUUGAAUGGAACUGUAGGUACAACAAAAAACGUAUUGGUGGCACGGCAUCAAGUUGGUGUAAACUUAACGGGGGAAUAUUGCUACCCUUAUGUCUACACCGAUACAAAAUGCGCCGUCGUGUUGAUGAGUCAUUGGAACGAUGCCGCCAAGAAACAGUGCAAAAAUAAUUCCCCAGCUCACAAGCCCAAAACUGGUGAAAACAUGCCCUGCCAAACAGCUUGCGAAAUGUGGGUGAGGCAUAAAAAUCUAAACGAAACUUCUCUAAAUAAGAACUGCACCAAAUAUUACAAACAAUUUUGCGGUGACCGCAAAAUAUUUCUCUACGACAAGCUAAUUUGUGAUAGAGUCGAAAAACUUCCAAUUAACAUAACGAAAUCUAUAUCUGAAGAUCAAUAA